CUCUGAGAAAGGAGUACCUCCUCUGCAACCAAUGCGCAUUGACUCACAAACAUCAGUGUAUCGAUCAAGGGAUAAAGAAAUCUUGGAAACUUUAAUGGCACUCAUUGGAGUUUUUGUUGCUG